AUGGGAUACCUAAGAAAUGCAACAAGUCCAAUUAUUGAUUUUGGACAGACAGUUUUUCGAGAACAUACAACCGCCUUAGCUGUUGGUAGUACGGGGCUUGCCCUCGCUACAGCACCGAUCACCGGCCCUGCAUUAUUAGGUGCUAUUGGUUUCAGCACUUCGGGACCUGUUGUGGCUUCUCUUGCUGCAGCCUGGCAGUCUUCAAUCGGAGUAGUUCAAGCUGGGAGUCUGUUUGCAACCUUACAGGGAGCUGCAAUGGGAGGCGCUGCUGCAGGGACAUUUACAACAGCCUCGAAUAUUGGGAUUGGGAUGGUGGGAUCUGCAGCAGUAGGAAUUAAAUGGAAACAUAAUAGUAAACAUCCUGGUCAAACUGGAGAAGUUGGUAUUGAAUCAAUUCCUGCUUGUAUGUUGCUCAAUGCUAACAUGGACAAAUAUAAAAUUCAACUAGCUGAGGAUGACGAGGACAUGGCAUACUGUCCACAAAGUCGAGAUGUAGAUGAUUCUCUAGGCACAGAGCUCGCGAAAUUCCUCAAGAUCGACAUAUCCUGA